ACCCUAACCCUAACCCUAACCCGCUGUCCAGUAUCCAGCUGGCUUUUUCUUUUUAUUUUCAUUUUUAUUUUCUUUUUUAUUUUUUUAUUUUAUAUCCUUACCCUCUGUGUUUUCCCUUAACCUAACCUCAGUGUCUGUAUACGUGGAUGAAUGCAUGUGUGAUGCCUAAACCUAACCCUUGACCUUUGACCCCACCCUAAAUGUGUGUGUGUACUUACCUGAUGUGUCCUUACCCUAAAUGUGUGUGGAUGUUUUCGUGCUUGUGCAACGUCACUUACCUCCUGUCUCAAACCAAUCCUGGUGUGUCAAUUUAAAUAAUUUCUGCAUUUUUUGUAAGUCCAUGUGAACAUUUUAUUUAAAAAGAAUGAAGAACAGUAUCACAGGGGGUGCCUAACAAAAUUUAAGUUGCAGGAAUAAUAUUAAAGAGGGGGCCGUAAGAAACAGAAACAGAAAGAAAGAAAUAAAUACAUACCUGAUGAAGACACAGAAAAAGUCGAAACGUCGUAUACUGAGCACUAGGGGGCAACAAAGAGUAACAAACUCAAAUUCAAAUUUAACGGACGAGGAAGAGAACGGAAGGCUUGUGCAUGUCAGUUGGAGAAAGACGGCGUGGCGGGAGGCUGUGUGGGGGCGCGGGAUGGCCCGUGCAUCACUCUCCUGUCGUCGGGCAGGCAAGAGCUUCCCCACACCUACCCUAACCCUAACCCUUACCCGACCAUGACGGAGCCUCUUCGUGGUGACUGGUCUCCACCAGGCUCAGCUGAGGAGGACACGCCCCCUCCACCACCUGCUGAGAACGUCACUCCACUCCCUCAGCGACAACAGAAAUCCUCCAGCAGGGACACCACCUCUGCACCACAGGGGGGCCCCCCCUCUUCUUCUUCCUCUCUCUCUCCUUCUCCUCCACCGGAAGGGGCAGCAUCCCCUGCCACGGAUGAGGUCCUCCGCUGCAUUUCUGGCUUCAUCCAGGAGGAGGCGGGAAGGCAACAUGCUGCAGCUGCAGCUCCUCCUCCUCUCUCCCACACCUCCAGCUCGGCGCAACUGGAACGCAGGGCAUCGCUGAGGCCUAGGACGGCCCCCCUGCACCUCAGGCUCCAGGGCAGCACGCAGCGGAGACUCACCUUCAACCCCAGAGUGAAAACAUCUGCUCCGGCGGCUGCCUCCUCCACCGGUGAGUCCACUGCUCCUCCACCUACACAGGUGACGGUUGCAGCCAGACAGGUGGGGACUCUAAACAAGGCCCGCCACUGGUCCCUGGACCUUAACAACAAAUAUAUAAUCCUGGGUGAUUCUAAUGUGGCCAGGUUUCCGGCCUUAAAUAACCCAGACUUGCAGGUGGUCAGCUUCCCUGGGGCCAAAUGGAGACACCUCACCCACCUGUUCAUGAGGGCACCUGUGAUGAGCCAGGUGGAGCGCAUGAUCCUCUCUCUGGGCAUCAACCACAGAGCCCAGAGGGACAAGAGAGCGGCGGUGAGGGAGAUGAAGGCGGCACUGAAGGCAGCCAGGACCAAGUGUCCUAAUGCGCAGAUCUUUGUUCCUGCCAUCAACUUCUCCCUGACGCUGCCCUUCCAGGAACAGGUGACCCUGUCUCACAUGAACAUUGAGAUCGCGCAGCUCAGCCGUUGCAUCCCAGCACUGCCGAGACGGUCCUUCACAGUGGCAAAGGACAACAUCCACUGGACCAAGCCCACGGCAGCUCGCAUCCUCAACCACUGGGGUCUCCAAGAAAGAUCAAGCCGAGCAGGAGCUGGAGAGGACCAUCAUGGCAGUCUUAGUCUUCGGAGAGAAUUCAAGCCUUCUACAGCAGCCCCAAGACGUUGGAAUUGUCAUUGAUGGUGUGGAAGUCCUCAAUGAGUUACCUUCUCUUGCAGCCGGAGUGGCAAUGCUCUUUGGACUCUGCUAUGCUCUUAACAUGGAGUAUCCACAGGGUUUCAGGUUCACCUUUGAGGCCCUUCAGAAGAUCCUGAUGGAGCUUGGUUCCAACAAGAUGACUUCCAAGAUUCGCAGACUCAGUGGUGAACUCAAAACUGCACAGUAGUGUAUAUUUGUGUGUGCUUAAUGUGUGCAUGUAGUUGCCACUGGCUUCUAUUUAAGAGGUAGACCACCUCAGCAGCACUUUGUUAUACAGGCUCACGGGGUCACUUUCAUGGAGUGCUUUUGUUGGAAUUUUAGUUCUUUGAUGAUGUUUAGAGAUGCAACAUUCCUUCAAGUUCAGAUGUGUUUGAACAGUACAAC